CACAUUCGGAAGUCAAUAUGCCUUUUUCGGCGCCUCAACCCAGAGUAUCGCCAUCUCUGGAUGCCGCCGUAACGACACCUACGUUAAGCGCGUGGGGCAGUGCCCCUUGAAAGACCAUGCCGCUGCCUGCAGUCACACCAUACAUUGCACCGCAGACGAAACGACGUCGCCACCUUAACUAUUUCAAAAUUACUCGGCGUAUUACUACUAUGCUACUCAAGUCACUUUCAGGAGGAAUGAACGUUUAUUUUAAGAAACAGCGAGAAAGUGUCCUUUCUUCGCCCUAGGUGGGCGGCUCUCUCAGUCCAGAAAGCCGUUGGCUAAUGCUGCAGCCCGGGCCCGGUCCACCAGACUUCGCUGAUCGUCCAGGCUCUGUGCCUUUAACAUUGCCUACUCAUGUUUUUUUUCUUGUGUGUGUGUGUGUGUGGCCGUUCUAAUGCCUCAAAAACAUGCCGCCAACGACUCCCCCUGAGUACCUCCUAACCUUUCGCAUCUCCAACACGCCCCCAAGCCCCCGUAUUUCUUAAAGAUCUCAUUUUUCUCUUUCUUUUUCUUUCACUACCCCCCUUUUUUUGCGCCGCCCAUUACCCCACCCCCCUUUCCCCUUUUUUUCCCCUUUUUUCUGCUUCUAUUUCUUUUCUUUUCUCCCCGCGUGCCCACUCUCACGCUCUCAUCCUCUCGUCUUGAGAAUGAAGCUCACAGACGUCGGACGACAGCGCUUGUUUCCUCUUGUAAUCGCUCUCUUUAAAACCAGCCGCCAGCGACAACUUCCGCAUGUGACGUCACUGCACUAACCCUUUAAAACUAACACGCCGACGAUGACGAGGCCGCCUUUGACGAAGAUAGGUCCUCCUGUAGAAACGUUGGCCAGCCUGUCUGAGAUGUAUGCAAUUGUGGAGUUUACUGCUACAGAGGAAGUGGAGGUUGUGCCUUGCACGUGGGUAAAUGGUGACAAAUGUCUGUGGCCAAAAGUGCCAUCAGAUAGAGCCACAAGAAUGGUUCGACGCGCAGCAAAACCAGAUGCGGGAUUCCUCUCAUAUGAUGCGCUCGUGAAAGGUGUAUUCCACACAUAUGAAGAUGGCCGUGCAAAGUUGGAAGAGGCCCGGUUCAGGUCCGAUUUAUCGGAAUCUGAUGGCGGUGGAAAGCGGAAGAGAAUUAGACCUUUGCGCUACAGUUCGGAAUCUGAUUCCGAUGAUGACCUUCCGCGCGCCCCCUUGCAGCUUUCCAUGCAGCACAAGACACCUUGCAGAGUCCCAAAAAAGCGCAGAAUGGAGCCUCUGCAAGGAAAUUCAGAGAUGACGUCACUGCCAGGUUCUAGUCGGGAGACACCCGCUCUUCCUUUCGAAAAUCGGAAUGAGGACGAAGUCGGCCUAAUUAGGGAUUGUGUGGCUGUGGCUGAGGUGGCGCAACAGUCCCAAGCUAUUAUUGCAGGAGCUGAGAGUCAGCAGCAUUUGGAUGCCAGCCCCAGUGCCAAUUGUUGUCGACAAACCUCGGGGACAGCCCUGAGCAGUGCUGAGUUUCAGCGGCGGGUUAUAAACAGUUUAAAUAUCGUGAGGCACAAUCAGGCUGAAAUUAUACAGAUGCUGACAGUAGCCCUACAAAGAAAUAGUCCUCCAGGUGCAGAAACUUCAAACACUCCUGAGCCAGUGCUGCGCUGCCCACUGGACAGUGUGCGAGAAGUCCUUGAUUUCAAUGAAGAACUGACUGAAGGAAAAAGUGAAGCUCUGGUUCUGGACCUUAUGGGCUAUGGAACAAGAACCCUGAACACAACUAUUAAGUCAAUGAUGGCUUAUAUAAUGAGUGAUCAGGCUGCGUCGGAAUUUAGUAUGGACGGCCGCAAAGGCAAGGUUCGAUUUAGGGACCUGAAGCUCGUCAAAGUUCUGUUCUCGGCUGCUCGGCGGACACGCCACCACAAAGACUGCACGGUAGACGACGUGCUCUACCACAUAAAGGAGUGGCUGCGCAGGGCAAAAGAAAGGUGUGCAGCCACUGCUAAGAAAGACUGAAAGUUUGCUGUACAGAAACCAGACGCUACUUCCGUGCAGGACCAUGAUGGUGCUUAAUUAGCUUACAAAAGUGGAAAAUAAAGUCUUGUUGAAUUGUGGAA